CAAACCUCCAUGUCGAUGGAUGUGGAUACUCGGCGAAUGAAUGGCGACCUUCUUCCGGAGAAAGUCCUAGAGCAGAUCCUUAAAGCAAACCUCUGCAUAGACGUUGACCUCUUCAACGAUGUUUCCGAUGACGCCUUCGCAAAAUUUGAGGAAUCAAGCGCCGCAUACGUGGCAGUGUGUAGGUCGUGGUCCCGCGUGGCCAUUCCGUGGCUUUAUGAGACUGCGAUUGUCCGGUCUACGUCGCAGGCGCGGGUGCUGGCGAACACCCUGGAGAAGAACCCUGAAUUGGGUUGCUACAUGAAGAAGUUGCGCGUGGAGGGUGGGUAUGGCCAGUAUAUGCUUACGAUUCUGAAGCGCACGCCCAAUAUUUCGCACCUGUCUCUCUCUAUGGAUAUCUGGGAUCCUGACACGACGGAAGGCCUCUGCAGUGGACUCUCGCUCAUCAAUCCUUCGUGUCUUGCCCUUCGCGACACUGGGGUUUGUAAAGGCAAUGAAGUGGUAAAGAAACUUGUCGGCGCGUUGGAUGUCGCGCUUGUGGAGUGGAAAAACCUGACCGUGUUUGUAUCUCCGUAUAUCGACAAUGCUGGCUGUGCAGGAGACGUCAUUGCAUCGAUGUCUGUUUUCAGGCGACUCCAGACGGUUGUUGUCCGUAACAAACGCGGAGCACAAUGGGCAUAUUCCAACUUUAUUCCCUGCCCUCUGAAAUCCGUUCGAGUGAUGGCUCCACCCACUGGCAAGGAAGAUAUGGGCAACGACAGACUGCAAGCGCUUUUGACUUAUGACAUGGCACCGGAUGCCCCGGUCAUAGAAACAAUCAUUCCCCGAAAAAGUCGUAGGUUUGUCCCUAUGGCGGGUCAGACAGAACAGCUUCAAGACUACAUUUGGUCCCGCAUUCUUUACUUUGCUCUGGAAGUCGAAGAGCGUCGGGAUGGGUUAUAUCGCAACAAUUAUCAGAAGACGGGGCCAUCGGCAUACGGUUACCGCCAGAGGGUUGAUCCCCUUCUAGUCUCAACACGCUUUCUUCGGCUGGGAAUCCCGCAUUUCUACGACACAUUGCUAGUGCCGAGUCGGGACGAUAUCUUGGAACAAUACUUUCCGUCAUACCUGUAUGUCGAACACCUGACUGCGCGGCAAAUCGGCACCGUUUCUCGCUUUUCUAUGCCACAAAUCGCCAUUCCUGACACGAUGAUAUCGAGCUUGGCGCGAUCCUCCGGACGCACACUCGUGGACCUGGGCCUGAAUCUCGGGCAUCACAAUACAAUCAAUGCUCUCGAGUUGGAACAACUUCCUCAACUCCGUGUGUUACGUCUUAGGGGUCAUGUCCGUGCGGGGCCUGUCGGCGAGUUCCGUCCACAUAUGCUACCGCGCCUCGAGAAACUAUGUGUUAAUGGAGCGACUAAUUCUUUUGCGCAAGCAGUGGCGCGGAUGAGUCUGCCCUGCUUAUCGUCGCUCACGUUUGUCUUCCCUGCUACCUCUCCAAUCAAGCCUGGCAUUAGCGGCGCCGAGGCCGCACAGUCGCUACUCGCCGAUGUUCUCAAAAUCCACGGCGACAAACUCACGCAGCUCACGGUCAACAGCUUCGACAUUGUCAGCGGUGCGACCAUCGAUGACUGUCCUAAACUGGAGAAGAUUUAUCUGCUGUUGGGUCCAGGCAUGCGACCACCCAGGCUUGGUCUGUUGGCCCCUCCCCGAAAGAACCAUCUGCAGCUUAUCAACAUCGUACUCUUGCCCGACCUGCCACCAGACUAUCCUCUGCCCGUCUGGUUCGGGUCUGCCGACUCUUCAAGCCGACGGCGUCCCCGGGCACUGAUCAGCCCUUGCCCAGCUGCAGAAUGGUCUGACUUUCUCACCCAGCUCGAUGCUGCGACGCGCACCCUGCUGGCCUUGCAGCAAGUAACCUUUGCGUGGCUGGCUUGGCCCACAACCGAACGUGAUAUCGCAGCCGAACCGUGGCUCCCCGAACACAAAAUACUCGAAGCACUCAAGGUCAAACUCGUAGACAAAAACGGGAAAUGCUGGCGCGCUAGAUUGAUUUGA